UCCACACAUCGCGGAGGGGAGCCAGUACGCCCCGCUUUCCCAGGAUUUCGUAGACUAAUUCGCCACCCGAAGAGUUUUCGAAAAGUCACACCCUGGGACUCAAUCGUAUGUGCGGAGAUAAUUUCCCCGGUGACGAUACAUCGCAAAGGAAAGCAAGUUCAAUUUCUUCACGUUUUUGGAGAAAGUUUGAAGGGCUCUGAAUUUGUCGACCACCGAGAAAUUGUGGCUCCCUCUCUCCGGUGCAUGAAUUUUGACUAAAAAACGAUUAUUUUUUUUUUAACCAGAAAACUCACGUUAAAUUUUUCGGUGCUAGAUUGUCAUUUUACCGUUUUUUAUCGUUUUAUUGAGAAAUGGGAUAGUUAGUGACGAUUUUGACCCUUUUUCUAAUCGUGCGAGUUGUGCGAUUUGUGGCGUUUUGACGUUUUCGGAGUAAUAGUUUAUAAAAUUAACAGUGAUAAUAAUACUCAAGUUUAUAACAUUAACGGUGAUAAUAGCAAUCACGUUUAUAACAUUUACAGUGAUAAUAAAACUCGAGAGUUACAUUAAUGUGCAAUCGCCGUUCGAUUUGUGCAUCUUCGGAUUUCUAAUAAACGAAUUGGAUAACCGUUGGAUUUAAAAUGAGCAAGGACGCAGCAAAAGAAAACCAGCUUCCACGAGUGCCGCCAGCCAAUGUUUCGAUAGUAGAUGAGAAACAUAGCCCCUCAUUGGUAUCUCAAGAGCAAACCCUUCCUUGGACCAUACCAAGGCCAGUCCUGCUGACAAGAAAUUCUUCCUCGCAGCUCUCUUACCAGUGCCAAAGUGACCCAAAACCAGAAAACAGCUCGGAUGGAGAAAGUCAACCAUACUCCUAUUUGACAACUGAAACAAAUGUGUCAGAGAACUAUGGCGACUCUAGUAUAUCUCCCUCUAGUAAUUCAAGUACUCAGAGCGGGACCUCAGGCAGCUUACUCCUGAGUCUGACGGUCGCCAACUUAGCAGCCCUUAAAAGACUGGAAAACAGCGGUCAUCAAAAGGGCAAACAGCUGGACACGGCAUCUUUAGCCUCAUCAACUCACUUCACUCUAGUCGGAGGCAUGGAACGAUGGCGCAGGAAGCCUGUCAAGAAAUGCUGGUGCGAAUCUCAUCAACUCACUGCUCUAGUGACCGCCAUGACUGUGAUCCUUUCCAUAACCGUUCUCAUUUGUGUCUACUUAACUGAAAUGAAAAUAAACGAGCCGGGUAGAUUCUCCUGAAUUCUUGUGGCCUCGUCAAUCGCUUUACUUGCAUCACCGAUCACUGAUGGGACUUCAACUAUAAAUUAGUUGGACGCAGCGUCGUAGAUCGUCGUGUGAAGUGAGAUUUUCCGCGAUCGCACAUUUCCCCUGCAAAUUGGGAACUAAAAGGUGGAAACGGGAGUUAAAUUAUCAUUUAUUUUUCUUCUCAUUGGCGUGUGGAGAUGAGUAGCAGAAUUGCAAGAGACUCCUGAACUGAUGUAAAUAAACUGAUUAGUUUAAGGAUUUCAAAGACUAAGAUACCAGUGUAUUUUUUCUGUGUAAUAAAGUCAACCCCUUUUAUAAUUA